AAGAAUUGCAGUCGCCACCCGGAAGUUUACCUCAGUUGUCUUUUCUUAGCAACAAAACGAGCCUGCUAGCCGUAAUCUUUCUGCGCUUGGAGAUAGAUUUUUCCUCACGAUGGCUGAGGUGGAAGAAACUCUGAAGAGGAUCCAGGGUCAGAAGGGAGUGCAGGGAAUCAUCAUCGUCAAUUCAGAAGGAAUCCCCAUCAAGACGACUCUGGACAACUCCAGCACAGUGCAGUAUGCAGGCCUGAUCCACCAGCUGGUGAUGAAGGCCAGGAGCACCAUACGAGACAUGGACCCCCAGAACGACCUCACCUUCCUACGAGUCCGCUCCAAGAAGAACGAGAUCAUGAUCGCACCAGAUAAAGACUAUUUCUUGAUCGUCAUUCAGAAUCCCUCAGACUGAAACAAAAGGAGCUGCUGCCGGACUCAUUACUCUUCUUCCGUCUUUCAUAUUUAAGAUAGCUGAACACUUUUUGUUUUGCUAAAUUAAAGGCAAUUUACCAGAAGUUCUUGAUGCACUUGCUGUACAAAGCAGUGCAGACCGGAAGGAAAUUUAAUACAUCACUUUACUCACUGAAAGGCCAACUGUAUGUUAGUCAAUCAUCUUGCAGGCAAUUUUAUUUCUCCCUUCUUUUAGCAUUCCAGUUCUGUCUCCUGCCUAUGUCUACUGUUCAUUUCAUAGCUGUUUUAGCACAUGUUGAGAAAUGCACAUCUGUUAAAAAAUGUAUGGAAGAAAAAGGAAACUUUAAACUGGACUGCAUAGUGUGCAAAGUGCCCAGUACAUGAGAGACCACAACAUGUUGAGGUUGGAGGAUGCCUUUUCAGUUCCAUCUUAAAUGAAAUCUUGGAGUUGUUAUUUAUUGUUUUGUUGGCAAUGCAAGUUGAAAUACAGUAUUUCAGUGGUGAGCAGCAAACUACACCACACACACACACACGCACACACACACUGCUCGUGCAUGUCUGUUGGUUAUUUGUAACAAAUUAAGGAAUAAAAAAAAAAA